GGCCGGCGGCCGCCCCGCCCCGGAAAGGUGCCUCUCGGACGGCGGCGCGGCGGAUCCCGGUCCCGUGAAGAUGGUGCGGAAACUGAAGUACCACGAGCAGAAGCUGCUGCGGCGGCUGGACCUGGUGAACUGGGAGGCGUCGGGCGGGAACCUGGCGGAGGUGCGGGCGCUGCGGCGUUACCGGGUGGGCCGGCGGGAGGACUACGUGCAGUACAAGGCUCUGGCCCGCGCCGUGCGCGCCUUGGCCCGGCGGCUCCGUGACCUGGGCCCGGCCAGCGCCGCCUUCCGCGCCCGCUGCGCCGCCGCGCUGCUGGAGAAGCUGCACGGGCUGGGGCUGGUGAACAACCGGCAGUCGCUGGCCGUGUGCGAGAGCCUCUCGGCCGCCGCCUUCUGCCGCCGGCGCCUGCCCUGCCUGCUGGUGAAGCUGCGCAUGGCGCAGAACCUGCGCCACGCCGUCACCUUCGUGGAGCAGGGGCACGUCCGCGUGGGGCCCGAGGUGGUGACGGACCCCGCGCUCCUCGUGCCCCGCAACGUCGAGGACUUCAUCACCUGGGUGGACGCCUCCAGGCUGCGGCAGAAGGUGCUCGACUACAACCAGGAGCGCGACGACUUCGACCUGGCCGCGUAGGGCUGCCCUGCUGCCCUGCCUCACACCGAUAAAACCACGGCCUUGCCACCACGGGAUAUUCACACAUCUGUAAAGGGAGCCCAUGGAAACCGUGCGCUUCUAGUAUCGUAUUGACCUGCUCCUGGCUCCCUUUCCCAGCUAAUGGUUCCGUUCAUCCAUGGAGAGAAACAUCCUUUACACAUCCACUGCUUCAAGGAUACGUCCAGUGGUGCAGCUCCAACAUCAUCAUCAUCAUCCCGGGCAUUCCCAGCUUAACUGUCAGCCCAGGAGCUCAGCUCCAUCACCAUCCCAGAUGUCCCCAGCUUCAUCGUCAUCCUGGCAAGCUGUCCUGGUUUAGGGAAAAUUUUCCUUCUCCCCCUGUUCAGUCUCGGAUCUAGUAUUAAAGUGCCGAACUUAUUUCUGGGCUAAACAGAUGAAUGGGGAUACCAACAUCAUAAAGUCACCCCAGGACAUACGCCCAGCUCCAUCAUCCUUAAAUCCCACAAAGCAAAGGUGCUUGGAAAAGUCUCUGCUCAAUCACAGAAGAUUUUGGUCAGGCUUAAGUGCUUGGAAGGUGUUUUAAGCCAAGCCAAUUUGCUGUUUUAAGACUGAGUGUAGCAGCUUCACUGCUCUUUUUCCAAGAGGUUGUCCUGGUUCAUCUCCUUCACCUGUUGAAUGCACAGGUUAUCAGAGUUACUUCUGGAAGGGUUUUCCCUUGAUAUCAAGGAACAAGGAGGAAAUGCGUGGAUUUUGGGGGAUCAGCAGUAAACAAAAAGGCCAAAUACUGUGUUUCUGGAACUGUUGAAAGUUUUAGCCAAAAACAGAAUUAAAAAAAACAAAACAAGAACUUUAUUGUCAUGUGAAGUUGUAAAGGGAAGUUCGAUGCUUUGAGUUCAGUGUCUUUGCUGUGUGGGGUUCCAGAUGACCAUUAGGCAUCAUUUACAGAACAGGAUCUAACUGGGGACGUGUUGGAGCAAAAAGCUGAUCUAACUAUAACUGCAGAUUUGGGAGAAAUUUUGCAUUUAGCACAUUAGCCAGGGGCUGUUGGGAACUUUGUUCCCUUUUGAUAAAAAAAGCAGAAAAACAAAAAUAAAACUGUUGGGUUUUUUAGUUGGUGAAGAAA